AUGAGUUUUCCUACGCCCCACACCCACAGUCCACGAAAUACGCAUACUCAUACUGCCAUCCUGCUGCACGGUCGGGGAAGCGAUGGGCCCGAGUUCGCAGACGAAUUCUUGUCGUGUAAGACCAGCCAGGGCAAAACAUUGCCCGAAAGCCUACCUCACUGGCGAUGGGUACUUCCCACCUCGCGACUUCGAUGGAGCGCCAUAUUCGAAGAAGAAAUAUGUACCUGGUUCGAUGCUGCCUCUUUGGACGACAUACAGAAGCGACAGGAUUUGCAAGUCGAGGGGCUAAGAGAAUCAGUGUCCCAUAUAUUGAACAUACUGGAAGAAGAGAUCAAGCUGCUUGAUGAGCGCUCGGAGCGAGUCUAUCUCGGGGGUAUCAGCCAAGGAAUGGCGACAAGCCUGUGGACUCUGCUAUCUGCGCCUGAUCGAAUUAACGGAAGAAUUGGUGGAUUCGUGGGAUUCUGUGGAUGGCUACCAUUUGCUCACCAGGCUGAGCAGAUGAUACAGCAGAAUACAGGCCUUGAUCGAAAGAUCAUAGUCUCUGAUAUGUGUCGCCGUAUCAUUGCCGAUCCGAAGAACCCGACGCAGCGAGGCACCAACGACGUAUCGGUUUUUGAAACUCCGGUAUUCUUGAGCCAUGGGGUAGAUGACCCCUGGGUUUCGGUGAGUCUAGGCCGACAAGCAGCGCGAGUCCUACAGGCAAUGGGAAUACAGACCGAGUGGAAGGAGUUUGCGGGUGCAGAAAGCGAAGGACACUGGGUCAAAGAGCCUGAGGGAUUUGAUCAAAUUCUCCGAUUCUUUCAAAACGAAGUAUAG